AGUAAAUCAAACAAGCCAAACCAUGCAAAGGGCUCUAGAAGACAGCAACAACCCAAAGUGUGUCCACCAGGAUCAAAGCGAAAAGUACCAGAGAGCCAAAAACUGACAGCCUUCUUUGGCCUAGGAAGGCACACACCACUGUCACCAGAACCUGGUCAUGCUGAUGUACCUGCUGAAAAGGCAGCCAGGAUAGAGUGUGUAGGGGAAGAUUCAGCUGAUGGGACAGAACCAGAUGACUCUACAAAAAAGUCUGUGCCAGCCAAGAAGUCAAAUUCUUCUGGAAAAUCAAGAACCAAAUGUGGGGCAGCCACUUAUAAAUCCAAAUUCAAGCCCGGGUGGACAACAGAAUGGCCCUUUAUUAAGAAGGGACUUACGCAGCAUCAUUUUUGGUGCGAGAUUUGCAGAACUGAGAAUGCUUGUUACCAUAUGGGUCAUGCAGAUGUGGAAGGUCAAGGCAGUGGAGCAAUCGCAGCAAAUUACCAAAUUUACAGUGAACACAGCUCCAAAGGUGGAUAACAUGACACAACUUGAGGCGAAGGCACGACGAGCUGAGAUCAAAGUUGCUGUGACGAUGGUAAAUCACAAUGUCCCCCUUGCAGUUGCUGACCACUUCAGCCCACUGAUGAAAGAGUGUUUUAAGGAUUCAGAUGUGGCACAGAGAUAUGGUGCUGCAAGGACCAAGACUACUUGUAUUAUCAACAGGGCUAUAGCACCAUACCUUCAUGAUGAGCUGGUCAAAAAGAUGAGAAACAGGCCAUACACCUUGUCAAUUGAUGGAUCAAAUGAUACAGGAAGGGAAAAGAUGAACCCAUUGGCUGUGAAGCUGUUUGAUGUAGACAGGGUGGACCACAUGUUCCUAGAUAUGUGCAUCACAACUGGCACUAAUGCUGCCACAGCAGAGACCAUUUUUGAAAAAAUGGACAGUGUCCUCAAGAAGGAUAACAUCCCAUGGCAAAACUGUGUAGGUCUGUCAGUGGACAAUGCCAAUGUGAACAUGGGUGUCUGUAACUCAAUCAAAUCAAGGAUAUUAAGCAUAAACCCGACUGUUUAUGUCCAUGGUUGUCCUUGCCACAUAGUUCACAACAAUGUCAGUGCUGCUGGGACUCAUUAUAUUGAGUUGUCAGACUUUGAUGUGGAGGAUAUGGUUCUAGAUAUUGGAUACUGGUUCAAAGCGAGCACAAAGAGAAAAUGUAGACUGGAUGAAUUCUGUGUGUUUUGUGAUACUGAGUACAUGGCUGUCAUAGACCAUGUUUCGACACGGAGUCAGGAGACGGCAGUAGUCCGCAUUCUACGGCUGUAUCGAGCACUUGUCAGCUACUUCAAGUCUAACAUUGAGAAACAAGCCCGCUUUAAGAGGCUUAGGAAGCAUUUUGAGGAUCCAAUGACAGAGGUACACCUCUUAUUCUACCAGGCCACACUGCCUGUCUUCACAGAGUUUAAUUUACUCUUUCAGCGCCAAGAACCAUCUGUGUAUCUUCUCCAUGGACAGAUGAGGUCUUAUGUUAAGAAAAUCAUGUCCAAGUUUGUUACCACAACUGCAAUAAAAAAUGCUGAUGUGUGUGAAGUUGAGUAUAAAGACAAACAGAACCAGGUGGCAGAUCACAAGCUUAAUGUUGGCUGGACAACAAGAACAACCCUCAACCGUCUGCAUGAAGCUGGUGAGAUCAGUCAGUACCAGGAAGACAACUUCCACAAGGCUGUGAGGGCAUUUUUUGUUGCAGCUGUUGACUAUGCCUUUAAGAAGCUGCCCUUCAAGGAGCCAGUCCUUGAACAUUCACAGUUUAUUGACUUUCAACAGAAGAUGGACUGUGAUGUGAAUGAUGCUCUAUACUUUGUGUACAGGUUUAGUCAUCUGCUUCAGUAUGGAGAUCCCAAAGAACAGGACAAGUUGAGUGAUGAGUUCCUGGACUAUCAACUUAUGGAGGAAAAGGACAUUCCCAGAAGCAUUUGGGAGCAGGCGGUGAGCAGAGUCAGUGAGCAGGAGGUGUACCACAGGAUGGAUAAGGUGUGGGCACACAUGGCCACAAUCAAGAGUCCAGUAACAGGAAUGCCUAAGCUACCCAUGCUGAGCAAGGUGGCACAACUAAUUCUAACCCUGCCACACUCUAAUGCUGAUGCAGAAAGAGUUUUUUCAAUGAUUGGACUAAACAAGACUGACACACGGAAUGCUCUGGCCUUGGAAGGCACACUGUCCUCUAUAAUGACAAUAAAGAUGUCCGGUAUGGAGCCCAACUGCUUCAAGUAUGAGCCCCCAGCAGAAGUAAUCAAGGCCUCCAAGUCAGCUGCUUCCAGCUACAAGCGUGAACAUGCAGCAGCUUCAAAUGCUGGCUCAGAAUGCACCUAAGGUAAUGAUUUUCCAUCUUUAAAAAAAAAAAGUCUAUUUGUUUUGCAACUAAGUCACUCACAGCACUUCACCGCACGCUAAAAUUGUACUUUUUCAAAAGUCUCACUCAAACAGUUUCCUAAAAGUUGGCAGCCCUGGACAAGCACACACCCCUGAGCACUACCCUACCCUAUCCUACCCUCACAGCACAGACAAGCACACACCCCUGAGCACUACCCUACCCUCACAGCACAGCACAGACAAGCACCGUCAUCCCAGGGUUUGGAGAUCACCUUUUUGUUUUUAUAGAAACGUUUUCAUACUAACUUCUGUACUUAACAUAAUGUGCAUUUCAAAAUGAAAUUGAUGCCUAUGAUUAAUAUGUUUUUGUGACUAAGAGCUACUUCACAGUCUUGCACCAAGGCCCAGUAAAUCCUAGUGCCGGGCACUGAUAGAAUUAUUUAGUAUAUUAUGAAAUAUUUAUAUGAUUGUAACAGGGGAGAGCUGGACUGACCAUCUGCCACAUGCGUUUUACUGCAGGUAGAGGGCAGCAAUCUCGUGGGAUCCGCCUGUCAGUCAUGGCGAUGACAGGGAGAGGUGGGGAAGAGGGUGUGUGUGCUUUCCCUCUCUCUGAGUGGCUGAGAGGCAGGCCUUGCGAGAUUGCUUGGCCCAUAAGAACUGCGCUUCGGGUUGCCAUGUUUGGGAACACACAGUGACACUGACAGAAGACGUCAGUUUUAAAACAAGAACGAGGCAAGCCUGGCUGGGGAAAACAGCCGGCCUUAAAAUAAUUUAAAGAAAAAAAUAAAUAAAAUAAAUAAUCACGUACCUGAGGGGACGUGUUUAGUUAUACGGGGAACUCCGGCCAUCCCAGUGUAUAGAGUAACUGAGCGUAGGACGGAGGCUCGUUCUGACUGGCUUAGCAGCACUUUUGUUUGUAGUUUUAUUACUGUGUUUUAUUUUCCCUUUUUCUUUCGCCUUUGGUUUUCAUUAUUAUUUACGAGCACUUGUUGUGCCUUUGCCUAUGUACCUGUAUUGGUAACACCGUGGUUCUGUUUAAUGUUGUCAGUAUUCAGUCCACGGACACCAGCGUCCUCUACUGGACUAAAUAAAUCAGUGCGCCCUAGCGGCGUUACA